AUGCAGUCACCAGACGUCAAGCCCGAGCAACCCUCGGCAGAGUCCAUAGGCGCACUCAACCAUGCAGUGGAACAUCAAAUGGAACCAAUUGACCUACCAACCCAUCAUCAUAACGGAAACAUGGUCGCCGGAACAAAACGCAAAAUCAACAGCGCAAGUCCUCGCGGAGUGGCCAAUUUGACGCCAGAGCAACUGGCCAGGAAGCGCGCAAACGAUCGGCAGGCGCAGCGAGCGAUACGGGAACGUACAAAGGCACAGAUUGAGGCAUUGGAGCGGCGAGUGCAUGAAUUGACGUCGCAGCAACCGUAUCAGGAUAUACAGAAUUUGGUGUCGGAAAAGGAGAGGAUCCUGAAAGAGAACCAGGAGAUUAAGCGCCGGUUGAGUACUGUGAUGAAUAUACUGCAGCCAUUGGUAGAGAGAGAUGGGCUUCAAAUAAUAUCUCCAACAAAUGCCACGUUAUCGUCGACCACAGUACCAAUAACGACUAAUGCCGGAUUAACACCAACGAACGCCCUGCCAAUACCAGCAGAAACGACGCACCCAUCCCCGCUCACAGAUCGAAGUCAUGACACACCAAUAAGUUUGGAAUAUCAUCAAUUGGAUCACUCCUGGACGGACUCAGUUGCAGGGAACUUGUCUCCGACUAACGUCGAACUUCAAUGCGCGCCUCGACCGGCUACCGUCAGCGUGAUGAGCGUAAUCCCUAAUCCGCAACUAGCGACGCAAGAGUUUGGCGAAAAACUUAUUCUGAAUUUUUUGCUGGACAAUCCUCGUCACAUCCCUAAAAUUAGAGACAUUCCGAAGCUAUCAGCAGAGCACAGCCAUAGUCCUGAUUCGCCCAAGAUCGACCCGUCCGCCUCAUCUACUACUAGGGCAGGGGUCUCAGCCGGGCCAAACGAUCACCGUCUAGCAAAUUUAAUAGCUAUCAACAACCUCAAACCUACAUGUCCGCUCGACUCCAUCUUUUUGGAUUUUCUCAAAAACCGUCGCGGCGAGUUGACGAGUGGCACUCAACAACGACUUGCCUACCCGAGUGUAUCAUCACUUUUGAAUCCUGCCGAGAGCAGCACAUAUUCCUACUCCAUUUCCAAAGUAUUCAGCGACAUCCUACGCACAUUUCCCGACAUAUCCUCCUUACCAGAACAAGUGGGCACACUGUACACCAUGUUCCAAAUCAUGCGAUGGCAGAUAUACCCUACACAAGAGAACUACGACCGCAUCCCGCACUGGCUCACACCCCGACCUGCGCAAUUAUUCAACCCUCAUCCAGCCUGGAUGGAUUACAUACUCUGGCCUAAAGUCCGCGACCGACUGUCCUAUGCAUAUCAGGACUAUCCCUUUGAGAACUGGUUUGUGCCUUAUACACGCACAAUCUCGUGUAACUGGCCGUACGAACCCACGGAUUGCCUGCUGCAUAACACAGACUCGGACGAGUUGCUCAUCAAUCCGGUGUUUGAGCGGCAUAUUCGAGACUUGAAUAAUUGGUCUGUUGGGACGGAGUUUGCAGAGGCGUUUCCGGCGUUGGUGGAUGCGGUUAGGAUUAAAGCUGAUGGGAGGAGAUCACGGCCAUCUUGA